ACACGCGUAAAGCACUUAGCUGCAGUGCAGAUUUCAACAGACAAGGUCAGGCAUCCCCAAACUGCGGCCCUCCAGAUGUUUUGGCCUACAACUCCCAUGAUCCCUAGCUAACAGGACCAGUGGUCGGGGCAGAUGGGAAUUAGAGUCCAAAAACAUCUGGAGGGCCUAAGUUUGGGGAUGCCUGGACAAGGUAGUUCCUGCCUGCAGGAUCGAAAUAUAGUUGAUGGGAAAGUGCACAAUGCAGCCCAUCAGCUGAUGGAUGGCGCCAGUUGGUUCCUCAGCCCCCUUCUGAGUCCAGAAGGUGGUCCCUCUGUUGCAAAAUUUGGUUCUCACCAGAGCCAGAUGCCUGCAAGCUGGACACAAGUGCAUCUCUGGCAGUGGAGGUGGUGCACUGUUGGAGAUUCAUUCCCCGUGUGCAGCCAUGGGUUUGUUGUCUGUCAUAUGACUGUAUGUGUUUUCAUUCCACAGAGUGGAAAGUGACGUAGACAGGAUGUUUUUCUUACUGUGUUCCUGAAGUGGAACUGUUCUUUGUUUUUUCUCUUUGCUAUCUGAUGCUAGAGAGAGAGGGAGCCAUGUUACAGUGCUCCAUGUGUGUUUAUAUAUAAAUAAAGUAGAUUAGCAAAAUGCUGUGCUACUAAGUUCUGUUACGCAACUGCGCUAGCUCUGUGGAUCCGUGAAGUGUGCUGAUGUCUUCUGGCAUCAGUCACUGUGAUGUUCUGGCUGGAGAAUCCUUAAGAAGCUCCCGAAUGAUCGCCCAGGAGGGAGAGAACAUGCCAGCCGGGCAUGUGUCUCUGCCAAGGUUCUACUCCUGACCAGCUCUACCCUCCAUGAGUUUGCCUAACCCCUUUUAAUAGUCAUGCUGCUCCCCAGUGGCAAAGGCCAGAGUGGGCUGCCCAUCUGUCCUCCAGUCCCAGGACAACAGGCCCCUGGAGCAGAGUGGCCUGGCAGGCUGGCUGUAAACUACUUGCAGCUCCCACUUACUUAUUUUAAUAACUUUUAAAAUAGGCUGCUACCCAAUCAACCAACAAAUACUUCUUGUAUUUGAUCCAAUUUUUUAGUUGAUCUAAGUGACAGAAUGAACUAAACAUUGCAGCUGUAAUAUAUCUAGGCAGCUGGGAAAGCACACUCUCCAUCUCUUCCAGGUCUGUGUUGCAGUGUGUGUGUUGGGGAGGCUUUGAGCCAUGGAAUGCCGAGUGCCUGGGGGCUUGGGGGAGCUGACCAGCAUGGGGAGUGGAGCUCGGUGGGCUGAUGGUUGAUGCACCUGUUAAGACUAAUUCUCAUGUCCUUCAGGAACGAGGUGUUUAAUCCAGAGUUUCCUGUUGCCCAGAUGGCGUUGCCCACAAUCCCUUCGUUUUGGAAUAACCGCAGCAGAGCCCUUGAGCAGCAGAUUGUGCACCACCGUGAGCAAGAAGCCCGUUUCCGGAAUCUGUGGGAGCUGAACAGCCGCUAUUUUCAACAGUCUGGGGUCUACAGCUCAAAGCAGGCCCAGUGGAGUUCACGCCACUCCUACCAGCAAAGCAUGACCGCCUAUCACCGUGAGAAGCUUAAGGAAGAGAAGUGUCUCAGCCUGGAGCAGAGACGCAGGCGACUCCAGAAGCUGCUCUUUGAGGAGCGUGAGAUGCUGGCGGCAGAGCUGCAGGAGCUGCGGCUGAACAAGGAUGCAGACCUGAGUGAAAAGAGGCGGAGAAAUGACGAGCUGAAGUCAGCCAGAGAGGAGCGGAGAAAACAGAUUGCAGAGGAUUGUCUGUAUGAGUGCUGGAAGAACAACAGCGCUAAGCUCCGAGAGGUUGAGUCCAAACUGCACAAGGAGCACGUGGUGGAGGCCUGGGGAGAUCAGCUGUCUCAGAAGCAACAGCGAGAAGCCACUGAGCGGGAAGAGAAGAUCCGUGCAGAAAACAAAUACGAGGCAGCACGGAGAGAAGCCCUGGAGAGGAUGAAGGAGGAGGAAGAGAGACGGAAGCAGGAAGAAAGGAAGCAGGCAGAGUUCCUGCGGCAGCAGAUGAAGGAGCUGCAGCUGCGGGAGGUGGAGGCCACAAAGCUGAAAAAGGAAGAGGAGAACCUGCUCAGGCAGCACUGGGAGCUGGAAGCCCUGGAGGCCAAGCGGAAGUGCCAGGAGCAGGAGAGGAAGAAGACUGAACUUGGGCGCUUUCUGAGGCACCAAUAUCAAGCCCAACUGAAGAGGCAGGCCCAGCGGAUCCAGGAGGAGCUGGAGAAGGACAGGCAGAUCCUCCUGGCGCUGAUUGAGCAGGAGGACAAGGACCAGCGCCUGAAGUCCACCCGGCGGGAGCAAGCGGUGGCUGUUGCGGCCUGGAUGAAGGGGGUCAUUGAGGAGCAGCUCCAGCUGGAAAAGGCACGGGAGGCAGAGCUGGAGACCGUCUUCAGGGAGGAAGCCAAGCAAGUGUGGGAGAAGCGAGAGCAAGAGUGGGAGAAGGAGCGCAAGGCCCAGGACAGACUCAUGGCUGAGGUCCUGGCGGAGAGGGAGCGCCAGAUCCGAGAGAGGAUGGAGAGGAACAGGCAGGCGCAGCAGGAAUCGGUGAAGUCCCGGGAGCAGCUGAUCCAGGAGCUUGAAGAGGCCAAGCAGCUGACGCAGCGGGAGAAGGAAGAGGAGGCUGCGCUGAAAACUGAGCGCAGGCGGGAGUUGGAAGCACAGCUCAUGGAGCAGCAGCGGCAGGAGCAGGAGGAGCAGCAGCGGCAGUGGGAGGAAGAGGCUGAGGUCAAGCAGCAGGAGCAGCGCAACGCGGAGCUGGAGCAACUGACCGCCAAGUGCAUGAUGGAGUUCGGCUAUCGCAACAAGAGCUACAGCUAUCCCAAAGCAGCCUGGACCUAAAGGAGCGAGAGGGUGCUUGCUUUCCAGUUUCAGUAGAUUAAAAUCCUCACUGUGGGAGCCGCUUCCUGGUUGCAUCCUGCUGGGGGUGCUGGGAGUAUUUGUAUAGAUGAAAAAGGAGAGAGGCUGGAAGGUUGCACCCCCCCACCCCCCUUGCGCAGCAGCUCUCUUCACUGAUAGGCUUUGGCCCUUCCUGGAGAGCAGGCACAGCUGUGGCUCUAAGAGGCUCUGCAGGUGGGGACUGUUGAUCCUUCAAGGCACUUGGGGGAGAUAUGGGAUGGUGGUGGACAGACUCAGCCAGCAGGCAGCAGCUCAACCACACGCUGUCCCUGCAAGCCUUCACCUUCCCUAACCUUGGAGGUGGAAGCAGCAGCUACCUAUUAUUGCUGUUGGCAAAGAAGUGCAAGGAAGAAGAGGGUGGGAGGCUCCAAGCACUUCCCAUUCAGGCUCUGACGGGGAUGUCCAAAGGCUCAAUAAACUUUUAAACUCUUUUACUGCAAGCUGGUGUUGCUCCUUUGCUUUGUCAGUGAGAGAGAAAGACCUCGAACCCAGCGGCCAGGUGCUUCCCCUUUCCUGAGCCUACUUCCUGGCAGGGAGGAGUGUGUGCUUGCUGGCCAAAACAGUUUCUCUGCCUGCAAUGGGGCCACAGGCCCAACAAGGGCAAAGACAUCCAAAUCUGGCCCAGCCAACAUUUCAUGCCAGUCA